CUGCAGCAGGUCGUCUUCUUCAUUGUGAAAUAAUAAAAAUCACAGAGACAAAGUGUUUGUUUGCAGCCUGAGAACAUCUGGACCUGCUGCUGCUUUUCCUUCCAGUUAAACUGAGUCACACUGGACUUUCCACUGUGUUGAAAGAGGAACAUCAGCCUCUAUAAAGGCUGAGCGAAGCCUGAAACAAGCAUCAGUAGGAACAGAAGAAACUGUUUAUCUGGAUCAAACUGUGAGAUCUGAAGAUGAGACGUGUCGUUGUUUUGCUGGCUGUGCUGUGUGUGUGUGUGUGUGAUGGCGUAAAGUUCGGUCAGCUCUGCAGUGGAAACUCUGACAACAGCAGGAGGACGUCGGACAGCUGGGGAGCGGGAAACUACGGAGCCAGACGGGGGAACAGGAACCACGAAGGUCUGGACAUCAGGUGCAGCGACGGAUCGGCCGUCUACGCUCCGUUUGACGUGACUCUCCACGGAAAGGUCACCGUCUACACCGACCCCGCGAAGGCAGCCAUCAACAACGGCAUCAACCUGAGAGGAGAGGGUCUGUGUUUCAAGUUGUUCUACGUUAAUCCCAUCCAAACCUCUGGAUCAGUGAGGAAGGGGGAGCGGAUCGGCACCAUGCUGCCCAUGCAGAGUGUUUACCCAGGAAUCACCUCACAUGUCCACGUCCAGAUGUGCGACAGAAAGAUCGACCCCACGCAAUACUUCUGAUCAAUACUUCUGAUCAAUACUUCUGAUCAAUACUUCUGAUCGACUCAGCGAGGACUUCUGUAACCUUUCUGUGUGUCGACAUUAAAGCUUUUUUAAAUUGAUGCUUUUAUAAACUAAUAAAAUUUAAAGAUCA